AUGACGAGCCUCUCCACGAAACUUGCUGAGCUGGAGACAGUCGGCAAGCCCAUACAGAUCGGCAUCAUUGGCGCUGGAAAGUUUGGAUCCAUGUUCAUAUCGCAGUCGCACCGCACCACUGGCAUGCGCCUUGCGGGCAUCGCAGAUCUGUCAGCAGAACGCGCCAUUGCGGCUUUGAAACGGACCGGGUACCCACCAAACAAGUACGAUGAUACUGGAACCAUGUCACUCGAGGAGGGCCUCGCAUCCGAAAAGACUGCCAUCACGACAGACGCAACGAAGCUGAUUGCAACGCCGGGCAUUAAUGUCAUUCUCGAGGUGACUGGCAAUCCGGCGGCCGGCAUCAAACAUGCACUGCUCUGCUGCGAGCAUGGAAAGCACAUUGUCAUGGUUAACGUUGAGGCCGAUGUCCUUGCCGGCCCGCUCCUGGCCCAAAAGGCGAGGGAGGCAGGCAUAAUCUACUCCAUGGCUUACGGCGACCAGCCCGCAUUGAUCGCCGAGUUGGUCGACUGGGCCAGAACUGCAGGAUUCGAUGUAGUGUGUGCCGGAAAGGGGACGAAGCACUUGCCACAGUUCCACUAUUCGACCCCCGAUACAGUCUGGGACCACUAUGGCUUCACGAAAGAGCAGCUGGCAUCCGGCGACUUUAACCCGCAGAUGUUCAACUCCUUCCUUGACGGCACCAAGUCAGCACUGGAGAUGGCUGCCGUAGCCAACGGAUGCGGGCUGUCCCCGCCGACUGACGGCCUUUCCUUUCCACCUUGUGGCAAGCACCACUUGCCAGAGGUGCUGAAGCCCCGGUCAGAGGGCGGUCAGCUGGACAGGAAAGGUAUGGUCGAAGUGGUCUCUUGCUUGGAGCUUGACGGACGGCCGGUUUUCAACGAUCUUCGCUGGGGGGUGUACGUUGUCAUCGAAGCCCCUGGAGACUACCAGAAGGAAUGCUUCAAGCAAUACGGGCUGGAAACGGAUAGUAGUGGCAAGUACGCGGCGCAGUACAAGCCCUACCAUUUGAUCGGGCUGGAGCUUGGUGUUUCGGUAGCCAACAUCAUGUGUCGGGGCGAGCCCACUGGACAGACCCGAGCUUGGGCUGGUGAUGUCGUUGCAACGGCGAAGCGCGACUUGAGGGCAGGAGAGCAGCUUGAUGGAGAAGGCGGUUUUACCGUCUACGGCAAACUUAUGACGGCGCAGGAUUCGGUCCGAAUAGAGGGUCUGCCAGUCGGAUUAGCCCAUGGAUUCGUGCUUAAGGGUGAUGUGAAAAAGGACCAAGCCUUGAGCUGGAAGGACGUCGAGCACAAUCAAACACAGGCGGUGAAGUCGGCGAAGCACCAAGAUGCCAUCUCCCUUGGAAAUACCCUUUCCCUCCUCACCAUCACAGCCGUAAUCUACUUCCUCGCCACCUGCACCUACAACAUCUUCUUCCAUCCCCUCCGAAACAUUCCCGGUCCACCUCUCGCUCGCAUCUCCCGCCUCUGGAGCCGGAUCGGCAACCUCAACGGCACAAAAUCCUUCCGGAUCCACGCCGCGCACGCAACCUACGGCGCGGUCAUCCGUAUCGGGCCCAACGAGCUGUCCUUUGCGUCACCCGCCGCGACGAAGCAGAUCUACAACACGUCGUCAGACGUCUUCGUGAAAGAGCAGUCCUUCUACCAUGCCAAGCGCGUCUUCCACGAGGAGCACCUGUUCAGUUACCGGGACCCGGAGGCGCACAAGCAGCGCAAGAAGCUGCUGCAGCGGGGAUACUCCCAGCGCGCGGCGCUCGAGUUCGAGCCGCACAUCUCGUCCAAGAUCCGCAUCAUGUUGGACCGCUGGGCGCUCGCGGCUAGUCAGAGCGGCGUUGUGGAUGUCGUGCCCUGGGCGCACUGGGUCGGGUUCGACAUCGUGUACAACUUCCUGUUCGACAGCGACGCCGGGUGCGUGACCGAGGGGCGCGAGCACUGGGUCGUGCCGUGCAUGCGUUCGUGGCGCCCGACGUUCGCGUUCAAAGAGCUCAUCCCCCAGCUCGAGCGGUGGGGCCCGUAUGUUCCCGGGCGUGUUGGUGGGUACUUCAGAGAUGUGAGGCGGUGGAAGGAGUACUGCGUGCGGGUCGUACGACGGUGUCGGGAGGAGGGGGUGAGCACGCCGUUUCUGCAGAACGUGCUGAGCGGCAAGGACGCGUUCCUUGGACGGGAAUUGAGGGAUGAGGAGCUGGCGGAGGAGUGCAUGGGCGGCAUGUUUGGCGGGAGCGGUACGACGGCGAAUACGUUUGUGUAUGUGCUGUGGGCCGUGCUGCGGAGGCCCGAGGUGAUGAGCAGGCUGAGGGAAGAGCUUGCGAAUGCGUUUCGGGAUGAUGCUACUACGGCUGUGCCUGCAAGCGUCGAGUGCGCAAAGCUGCCGUAUCUGCAGGCUGUCAUCAACGAAACACUAAGGCGCUAUCCCACCAUCAUCGCGACCAAGCCACGGACAGCAAUGAGGGAGACGGUGGUUGCAGGUGUCUCGGUUCCAAAAGGCACGAUCGUCGGCUCACAGAACUACACGGUACUCCGCGACGACACGGCCUUCCCCAAUCCUGAGAGCUUCUUGCCGGACCGUUGGCUUGAGAAAGACGGUGAUGAGCUCCGGAAAGAAGCAUUUACACCCUUUUCGGUUGGCCCGAGAUCUUGCAUUGGAAUCAACCUUGCAAAGAUGGAACUAAACAAGCUCGUGGCUGCUUUCUUCCUACGAUUCGACGCUGUGGUGGAUGAGUCUAUGCGAGAAGAAGAUAUGAGGAUGUAUGACCUAUUCAGUGCAGGGCCUAUCGGAGGAAAGCUAUUGAUUCGUCUGGUUGAAAGAAGGUAG